GACAAAUCAGACCUUCUGUCUUAAUUUCCACAUAAUGACAAUCACAGCAGCCUUUGUAAACCACAUAGGCCUACAUGUACAUCAUACAGAUUCUGGAGAGUAACAGCCAGGUUCUUUCAAGAUAGUAACAUGGACCCUGAUUCCGACGCCCAGCGGACUUGUGGAAAAUGCGUGUCUCUCUGUGUGUGGAAAACUUUGCUGAUGUUUGUGACUCUAUUAAGUACGGUCGUUGGCCUUGUCGUGUGCGCGGCUUCAAUAUGGGUGAUGGCUGACGAUUCUUUUGCCGAAGAAGUCCAGACCGAGGAGAACAUCAAUGGGAUCCGGACGGGAGCCGUCGUGCUCCUCAUGGGCGGUUUCGUCGUCAUUUUGAUCAAUGCAGGCGGUUUAGGAGGCACAUUCUUUCGCCGCCCAAAAUUGCUGAUUGCGUAUUUCAUAAUGGUGCUCAUACUUCUGGUACUGCCAGAGCUGGCCCUCAUUCUAUGGUGUUUGAUUCGCCGGGAAGAGGUAGUCCAACUCAUUGACAAGGUUAUCAACAGAAACUUGGGCGAUUUCGUCAGGGAUAACGAAACCCACGCAAGAACUUUUAUGGUCAACGUACAGUCAACACUCCAUUGCUGUGGUGCACAGGGCAUCGGUGACUACGAAGAAGACCAUCAAAGGGACACCUGCUUGAAAGAGGAUAAGACGCUUUAUAUUACCGGAUGCAAGGAGGCCAUAAAAAAGAUGUUUAAGGAGAACAUCUUUAUCGUUGGCGGUGUUGAAAUAUUCCACCUUCUGAUCCUAAUUAUCUGUAUGGUUGCGGCAUAUAAAGUGUGGCGGCAAAUACUUAAACCUCCGAGAGACAGGACAGCCAGUUACCGGGUGGAUUAUGAACUAGAAAAGGAGGAAGAAGAGGAGGAAGUCAAACCCUUGACAAUGGCGGAGAUAUCAAAACGCGGUGUAAGGGAGUCAUUGCUCAAUCAGAUUAUCAGUAAAUAUAUGGGGAGGAGGCAAACACGGAACUAUUCGAGAGACAGGAAAGAGGAGGAAGACGAACCCUUGGCAAUGGACGAGAUGUCAACUAAGUCAUAAUCGGGCAGCUAGGAUUUCGAGCAAUGAUCAGCACAGAGCCCCCAUCCUUUGCAGCACACCUCAUGGACCAUGUCGAUUUGAUCGGCGUUGUGCGUCAGUCCAAUUGUCUCGUCUAUCGGCGCUAUGCGUCAGUCCUGAAUUCUCCUCAUUCAUGACUGCCGAUCUAAGCGAAUGCGCUGCGCAGAUCGUGCAAAAUCGCAUGAGUGCGCAGGGGGCGUCAAAUAAUACAUUGGCUCGGAAGUCAACCUCUGCACCGUUUACAGGGGCGCUGCAUGCAGCCACUCACUGUUGAUAUUUAAAAAACGAAACAUUAAAAAACAGAAAUGCCCCAAGGUGGAGGCUGCUGGGAAGUUGCACAAGUUCGCUCAUUCACAAGAAGGACACGAAUCAGUUCUGAAGGCAAAUCUUCAUCAUUUUAAUGCGUUUCUGUAUGUAUAAAAUAACACUGUUUUCAUGAACAUGCUUUCUACGGUCCUACAUGUAUUUUGAUCCUCUUGUCUCGUGUCUGCAGCACCUUAAGUCAAAGGAGGUGGACAGUUAUUCUUAGCGAUGUCAUCGAUGGUGUAUCCAUUGGUAGCAUUUAUCGACCCAUUUUCCAUUGCGUACUCUGAAAUAUAAUACAUGUGAUACGAAUCGGUGCCUCCCUAAUUUAUUUUCAUUUUCAAAGGCCUGUGAAAACAGGUACAUGUAGUUUGUAAUCAUGCAGAACUCCCAGGUGGCGGACAGAUAGAGUCGACGUCAAAACAGUGCAUUCGGUUUCGCAGGUCUAUGAUCAAUGUAGCAAUCUCUUGAAAAGAAUGGUUUUUGAACUUUAGAAAAGUCUUUUAUGAUUUUUCAGCCAGAACCCUUGAGAGAUUAUUCAGGGAAAUGAUAACGCGUUAAGGUCUUUCACAAACUGAAACAAUUUAGGGGUUUUGCAUUUCUCAAAAAACCCUAUGUAAGUCGUGGUUCAUUUCUUAGAAUAAAAAGAAACGAAAAACAUUCUUUAAGAUUUACCUAUAUUCUCCUUGCUGCAGUUCGUCGUCUCGCAGCCUAGGUUAAAGAAGUAAUCCAGAACAUUCAGUUUGCAAGAGGGACUCAGAUUUUGAACGGGUUCAUCUGGAAAGAGAUUAAAGGAAG